AUGGCGGAGAUGCACACGCAGCAGAAGCUUGCGAAGUACAUGGUGCAAUCCAUCACCUCGGGCCCCAGCAAGUUCCAGUACAAGAUGGGCCUACUGGGCGGGAACGGUCCCAUCGCAGGGGCCUUUGCUGUUUUGACUCUUGCGGAGACCUUGCUGAAGGCUGGCCAAGGCCUUGGGCAUGUAGGCUUAGAGCUCUUCUCCCAGUCUCAGCAUCCCAUGUCAGCUGUUGAAGCCAUGCGGUACCCGAGCAUGGUCGAAGCCUACGUGACCGGCUUGAGCAAGUUCCUGACCAGGAGGGAUAUCGACAUCUACGGCUGCGCGAGCAACACCUGGUAUCAGAAUCUCUAUGCCCCGACGUCCCUGAGUUGGGGGAUGGCUGUUCAGUCGGGCUUCAGGAUGCUCCACAUGCCACGGGCCACCGUCCGGAAAGCCACCCAGUGCCUGAACAGGACGCGGCUGGGGAUGAUUGCAACCCACUGGACUCACCUCGCAGGGCAUCGUAGGGGCGAGGUCGAUGCCGACGGCUACCUUCUCAACGGCACGGGAAUCCUCGAGCGUGGCGAAAACGCGGAGAACGUCUAUGCCAUGGAGGCCCAGAGGGCCGGCGCCCGGAUUUUCUCCGCGAACGUGGACACCGCUUGGGAUGCGAUCAUGGUCGCCAAGCACGGCGACAUCUUUACGGCCAGGAAGCUGCUGAUGGACCAGAGGGUUGACAGGAUCGAGGGUUUGGAGGUUCCUGAGCACUCCGGGGCUUCGAACCAGGGGGUUUGGGCGGGAAGUCGGGUGCGUGGCAACGUGAGGUACAUCCAGGACCAGGACGUGGAUGCCGUCAUCGGUGGCUGCACCGAAGUGGGCCUUGCUUUAAGCCAAGAAGAUCUUGAUUCCAUCUCUUCUCCCGGCUCCAUCGCCUUCGUGGACUCGGGGGCGGUCAUGGCCGAGGUCUUGGCGAAGAAGGCGUUGGCCAGAGGCGGCGCCAUCUCCCUCUGCGACGAGGCCCCGUCAAGGUAG